GUGAUAAGCACUUAGUGCUAGUGGCAGUUGAAGUGUGUGUGUCACUUAUAAUAAGAGUGCUAAGUUAAUGCACAAGUGGCACAAGUGGGAUGGGCAUAAUAUCCUGACUUGUUAUAACCAAUGAUAGUGGGUGUUUAUGACUGGUAGUGGAAAUUAUAAGUAAAUAAAAAAAAACAUUUUAUAGUGAUGUGAAAAGUGAAAAUUUUGGCAAAAUAUUAGUGAAUGUCACAUAUAAUAAUUUUGGUAAUGUAUCUUCUAAGCAGCUUAGAAUCACCUUUUCUUGGUGGUCAUACUGGCAUGUCAUACUAAUAUAAUAUGACCAGUGAGUUUUUUACUUAAAACACCCUUCAGAUAAAUAGAUUGAAGUUCUUAAAUUAUAAUGCAACUAUGCUGAGUAUUUACUAUAGUUUAUUGCGUGGAUUUAUCUGUGCAUGUGCACACACACAGGGCAAAUGAAAAGGUAAUAUAUAUACCUAUAAUGGGUAAAUCUUAUCUACUCGCCAGUUGAAGUGGUAAAAUGAGGACCUCCAGGCUGCGAUGCAAAAUUCUCCUGAUUAUCAUUAAUAGAUGAAAAAAGUUCCAUCUAAAUAAUCCUGGCCAAUAACACAAGGGCUUAAUGGCACAUUGGAGGUGAUAUAUGACGGGAUUACGAAUUAUGUAUCAUAAUGAUAGUAUAUAGGUAUAUUAAGUGAAAGUUUGGUUUGUCAAGAGUGAGAUCUCACUCAAGCCUUAAACAGCGAUAGGUAUAUAGGUAUUCACAGAAAUAACUAUAACUGAUUGAUCGAAACCUGUUUUAAACCGGUUUAUUUUUCAUCUAGUCAAACGGGAGAGCUGAAAACUAUUUUACCUGGUGAUAUAACGGGUUAACCAAGGUGCAAGAUUGCUUCACUCCGAGCGGAAUUCUUUUGAACAAGCGUAAGACAAGAUAACGAUGCCUUCCUCAUCUAAAAAUCUUAUUAUAAUCACAUUAUACUGUUGGUGUAGUUGUAAAUAUUGUCAUAAUCCCAAGGUUGGCUGCUCGUGGAUCUGAAUUAUUUGAUUUGAUGGCAGGAGGGUAAACGUGCUCUAUGAGUACAUGACCUACUAGAAGAAUAGUUCGCUAACUGACGCAUGUCUCGCAAAAACCUUCCCAAUGUGUUACAGUGUGUUACUUUUUGCAUGUAGAUGUAGGAUGGAACAAAGGCACUGAGUAAUCAAUCUGAAUAAACGGUACAGACCUAAGAAAUAGUCCUAUUAGCUACUAAGUAAACAGGGUGUAAUUUUAUUGCAGUAGAUUUGGAUAACUGACGAACAAGCAUCAAAUAUCUAGAGCAAAAUAAUUACCGAUCUACUGGUCGGAUUUAGUUGAAGUCAACAAUUUGUAUAAGUAGCUUUUGAUCGCUAUUCCGUACGGAUUUUCCAGUUCCCGUGGGAAUUUCGGGCAAAUCAUAAUUGCAACAAAGAUCCUCAGCUUUUACAAUAUAUUAAUAGAUUUUACACCCAGUAUAAUUUUCACUGCGCGUUGUAUCUUCGUAGUAUUAAGUAAUGUUUUUGAUACCUCAGAAUGCAUGUUACUACCAGAUUGGCAAUAAGUACUACUUAAACGGAAGAGUAAACAUUGACGAUGAGUUUAUGUUAGUACUUUUAAAUACUAACAUAAAAUGUUUGUACUUUUAAAUAUUUACCUUUGAGGUUCGUGGUUCCGACCUAGGGUAGGAGUGCACCAUAUCCUCCCUUCGGUUUUCGUACGAGGCGACUAAGGGACAACUAGCCUUGAUAGCUGAUAGAGGGUUUUCAGGCCGUUUUCAUGGCCGGUUAAAGCUCAGCCAAAAUUUUACGUCCUCUGUCUUGCCGGCGUCCUAUCUCCAAAUGAAACCGAAGAUGAGAGAGAAAUAUGAUUGAAAUCCCGUAUUAUCCCGUAUCUAAAAUUAGCCUAAUAAAAUUUAUUUUUUCUAGGAAAUUUACAGGUACCACUCCGUUCUAAGGAAUCUAUUGUGUAUUUGCAAUCAAGUGUGUUGUGAUUUGUGUGUUUUCGUGUGCAUUGCGGUAAUAAAUAUCUCUUUAACAAAACAGAAAAUAAAAAUCUUAAAAUUAUUCAAUUUUAAAAUUUUAUUUAAUUUCCUAAAGAUACCCUUUUUAGAAAAACCCCGAUGACCUAGAAUCAUGAAAUUUGGGAUAAAGUAAGGGCAUACUAUGCUGAUAUAGAAAAAAAAAUCAAAAAACCUAACGUGCCUAAAUGCCUAACGUUAACCCCAAAGAGGGUUAACGUUAGGCAUGCGGACGGUUAUAAAAUCACAGUCGAGAUUUCAAAAUUUUGUACGGAACCCUCGGUGAGCAAGUCUGUGGCACACAGAUUUUGUUUUUAUAUCUGUGGAGUCUACCUUAGAUAUUUAAAAAACCGGUCAAGUGCGAGUUAGACUCGCACACCGAGGGUGCAUAGUAUGCCCUUACUUUAUCCCAAAUUUCAUUAUUCUAGGUCAUCGGGAAGUACCCUUUAGGUUUUGAUUCUGACUCACAUAAAUGGCAUUAAUUACUCUUUAGAGUAAAUAUGUCUGUUUAUAGGCCGUUUUGUAAUCUUUGCAAAAAAUUAGAAAGCUCACGUCAACUCCAGUAGUCUAAUUUGAUGUAGGUACCUAUCACAGUAUUCGACUACUGCAAGUGAAAUAUAGUAAAAAAUAAUUUCACCAAGAGUUUGUUUUCAUAUUAAUAAUAAUGAACAUAAAGAAAAAAAAAAUAGGUGCGGCGACCUCGAGCAACCCUAAAGAAUGGGGGGACGAGUACCUGAUGGCCAUGAAGCGGGCCCACCAGCAAAGCAAUCGGCGUGUGGUGCCCAAGGAGAUGAAGUCUCCCAGGGAGCGGCGCCGACGACGGGAGUCUGAGAAGGAUUAUGUCAUGGAGGACAUGAGAGAAAGCGGCACGGUGUCGCAGGGCGCCAAGGUCAGCAACAUCGCAUCCAUGGUCCCUGACGAGAUCAUCUACUAUCCUUCGGACUACAGCGUCAGGAGUUACGAUGGAGCUCUCAUGUUUAUUGAUGUUUCGGGAUUUACGGAACUAUGUGAAUCCUACACGAAGCCAGGGCGCGGGGGCCCGUCCAGACUGACCCAGGUCCUCAACUCCUACAUCGGGGCCAUGGUCCAGGAGAUCAUGGCCCACAACGGCGACGUCCUUAAAUUCUCCGGGGACGCCUUCCUCUCCCUGUGGAAGAAGACUCCCAGGACUAGUAUGCAAGAGGUAGUCCACACGGCCAUUGACUGUGGACUCAUCAUUCAGAAGAAUUAUGGCACCUUUACCACUGAUAUCGGGGUUAUUUUGAAGGUAAAAGUGGCCAUCUCCGCGGGGCAUUCCCACUUCUCAAUAAUUGGCGGGGACACAGCGUCGUCCCAGGCCCACUACGUAAUGGUGGGCCAGCCCGUGUGGGACGUCAAGAUGGCGCAGUACAUGAGCACAGCAGGAGAUGUACUGACGUCAGCCAGCGCAUGGAUUUACGUCAACGAAGCAGAGUACUGCACGCAGCCGUGCGGCGAUGGGAGGCAUACUAAGGUUUUGGGCGUGGGUGCUACAUGGAAAAGAGUUGAAAACGGACAAAUGCCACACAGCUCUUUAGUUGGCGCUAAUUCUAUUCUUUUUACUGGAUUAUUAUCAGACAACAAACUCAUUUCUGACAUGAUUGACGGUGAGAGGAUCACGGAGAUGAGUUACAGAGAAUUCUCACUCCGUCCCGCCAUAGUGUCAGCCCUGCGCAGUAGCUGGUGGCCCGCGCUUCGCCGGUUCAUGGUGACGCCUGUCCUCCGAGCAGUAGACAAUGACGAGCCCAUGGACUUCCUCACAGAAGUCCGCCGCGUGGUGGUCGUCUUCCUCAACAUCAUCACCAGGACCGUCACCGAGGAUGUGCUUAUCAAUAUCGUCGAUAACGUUUACAAAUUCGUUUGCAGCUUAGCGUCAGAAGCUGGCGGGCUGGUGAAUAAAGUGUCCAUGUUCGACAAGGACAUGAUGUUCCUCGUCGUGUUUGGACUGCGCGGGCUGAAGCACGAGCAAGAGGCGCAGAAAGCGUUGCUGUGCGCUUACCAGCUGAAAGCCAAGUUGGACACCGCUGACUCUAACAUCAUCAGCGUGUCUAUUGGUGUCACUUCGGGUACAACAUACUGUGGAGUGGUAGGACAUGUGCUAAGAAGAGAAUACACGGUGAUAGGGCCAGCAGUGAACAAGGCAGCACGGCUGAUGAUGGUGUAUCCGUAUAAGCUGACUUGUGACAAGGAAACGUUUCUCCGAAGCAAACUAGAACAGGAGUACUUCAAACUGGUGGAGCCCAAGAUCAUCAAGGGCAUAGCAUCGGUUGGGCCGAUCUAUGAGUUCAAUCUAAUGUGGUCAGAACGCCUGUGCACCUACCGUCACCCACUUUUAGGACGGAACGACGAGCUUAGGAGGUACAAAAUGAUUCUCCUCAACGCGCUGAACGAAUGCCAUGAGAAAUUCACCUCCUACAAGAACCACAAGUUUGGUGUUGCUUUUAUUGGGUCGAAAAUGAUUGGCAAAAGACGGCUGGUUGAUGAAUGCCUUCGCUUGACUCCUAGUUACAUGCAAAUAGAGAAAAUUGAUUGUAGUGAUCAGACUGAGAAGGUUCCGUUUUGGGCCUUUAGAAAAAUAAUGUCAAUGGUUUUUACGUUUCGAGACGAACCCAUAAUUAGACAAAACUUUGAAAAUAUGAUUAGACACACCUUGGACUCAACAGAACUGUGCCCAUUGGAGUUACACGCUCUGAACACGAUAUUCGACAUGCGUUUCCCAUUGCCCGAAAAAUUUACCUAUUCUGGAGACAUCCUGACUGAUUAUGGCGUUAAAAAUUUACUCAGAGAAUUGAUUAAAACCAACUUCCAGAGACUGUGGAUAUUGACAAUUUACGAAGCGCAAAACAUUGACGACGAGUCUUGGCGAUUGAUGCUGUUGUUCUUGGAGUCCAAGACCACGUUUAUAGUCAUGACGAUUUCUGAAGAAACCAAGUUGACGAAUGUGGGACUGAUCUGCCUGAAGAACCACAUGAUAGUAAAUUUCCGGAUGUCGGGCGUCGACCGCUGGUACCACGCGGCCAUGGCCUGCCAGCUACUGGAUGUACAAGCCAUCCCAGCGGACUUAGAGAAAGUAAUUGAAUGCGCGAGUGGCGGCGUGCCGGGCUGGAUUCAGAACUUCCUAAUAUCCCUGGUGCAGCGAGGAGUCCUCUCCAUAGUGACGGUCUCCCGGAGCGAAGCUGUGGAGUUGGGCGCCAUCAUGCCCCCGCCGCAGCUGCUGCAGAGGACUGAUGAUGAUGAGAACUACUCCAUCGAGUUGCCGUUCAGAGCCCCUAGCUAUAUGAGUAUCUACAGCAUCGUAAGUGUGUCCACCAAGAAGAGCGAACGCGGAGGCAGUCCUGUGGUCAUGCAGACCCACGACACGGACACAAUCCAGAUGGCCGUGCUUGCCGAGGGGUACAGCUUCCUGGACAUGAGCUUUGACAUGACCAUGGACGCGGUGAUAUUGAAAACGUACGAUUCUCUGACUCCAUUCGAGAAGAUGUUGCUGAAAUGCGGUUCAGUACUGGGAGACGUGUUCUCUCGACGGAUGCUUCUGUAUUUACUGCAAACCGAGUCGCACAGGAUCGUUGCUCAAGGUACCUUUUUAAUUCUUCUUCGUCCACCCCUUUUUCCAGGUUACUUAUGGUUGAGUCUUUUUUGUUCUUGUCUUGGCACCAGACAGCCUCCUGACUGCCGCGAUCUUCCUCUAUAUGCUUUCUGCGGGUACAUGAGAUUCAGACACUCGUUGUUUCGAACUACUACAUACGAGUUGCUGACAGAAAGUCAGAAGCACGAGAUGCACUACCGAGCGCUGAUGUUUCUGGAGCGAUACACUCGGCGAUGCUCUGCUUGCGGCUCGGGUUGCUUCGUGAGGCUGUUAGGGCUGCGCACCGACGAUGGUCUUCGUGCCGAGAAUGAAGAGUUGAAGCGUACUCGACAGCAGAUUCGUAACCUAUCAGCUGAGACCAGGGUGGCUGGAGAUUAUGAUGUUGCUAGUGUCGUCACCAAGACACGGUCACAGUUCUCGAUACAGCCUAUAAUCAGAGGAAUGCCUGGAGACUUUCAUAGUGAUUACGAUUCAGAAGAAAAAGUGAGAAACACCAACGACUCCAUAGGAUUGUACACAAACAAGCAAGUCCGAUCGUUUUCGUCCCUGGAACUCGGGAACUGCGAGUGCCUGGCAAUACUGCUAUCCGUCUACUGCCAGAUAAUAGACCACUGCAAAGGAGCUAAUCAAAACCUAAAACUUUAUGAGGCCUACAUGGAAUACAUCGAUUUGAGUAUAUUAAAGUUAAACAUACCUCAAGCCAUUAGACUGCUGUAUGAAGUGGAAACAUUCGUAAAGACGGCAUUUCAAGACGAAAUGCCUCAUUGGAUAAACGAUUUCCGCCUUGCCAGCAUUCACUCCCUGCGAGGCAUGUGCAUGCUGGAGUCAGGAGAUCUGGGUGAAGCCAGAGAACAGUUCUUCACAGCCAUGAAGUUGUAUAGGAACCCCUUUCCCGAAACCAAGUUUGACAUUGGUCUCAGCAAGAUGAAGAUAGCAUUCCACCAGGUGAUGGCCAUGUCAGUGGCUCCGCAGUGUUACCACAUCAGGGACCCUGGAUAUCUCGGGUAUUAUUACGAAGACCUCGCCCUCACUUUGAACAGGAUGUACCGGUUGUUUUUGGAGACGAAAGAAGAAGACUUGGCGAUACUGGCAGCUAAGUGGUCGUACAACUACGCAUUGCGCACGAAUGCUAAUUUUCGUAUUCUGUGCAACAGCUAUGGGAACAUGAUCGCUGUAUAUCGCCAGAAACAAAAGUUUUCCAUGUGCCGUGCUCUGGAGAAGCGAGUGAUGGAGUUGUGUCACCGCAAGAGAGGCCAGCUGGAUGUCACCGAAGUCCAAGCGGUUUGCUAUCUAUACACGGCCUUGUUUUUAUUUUUCGUGGAGUACGGCAAGAAGAUGGAGAGCAUCAUGUUCGGUCUGUCGGUCAUGCGCAUGAUGAGCAGCCUUACCGACCUGAACACGCGCCAGCACCUCAUUCUGUGGAUGCUCAAGUUCCUGCUCUCAGACCUCAGGAUCCAAGACAUGGUGGCCAUCAUGAGGGAGUUCUUCUACAUGGUCGAUCAUUACGACUUGAGCUCGGAAACAUGGUACUAUUUCUAUGCAAUAAUAAUAUUGCUGGACACUGGGUACUGUGUGGAGCCUUACAGUGCAUGUGAGAAGUUCUACAUUAAGAAGGGCGAUGCCAUCCUGAGGUCGAAGUCGCCGGAAGCAGCUUGGAACUACUUCGUUGGCAUGUGGCUCAUAACAAUUCGAAUCGGCGCUUGGGAGAGAUCCAUACUUUGGGAGGAGAAAAUAAAGAAACUACAAGGAAACCUGAAAUAUGAGAAAUAUGAAUUCGGUACCAUGAUCGUCGUGCGGUUGUUGGAGGGGAUGUUGAUCACAUUAGUGAGAGAGAUGAGCAACAGAAACAUCAAGAAGACAAUAUUACUAGAGGAUUCAGUCAGCAAGAUGCUUUCGGAUUUGAAGACUGCAUGUAAUCGCGCUCCCAUGUUCGCGCCAAGAUAUUACCUCCUACUCGCGUACUUCGAUUACAUCCGAGGCAAGAAGAUGCGCGCGUUCAGCCACAUCAACAAGUCAAUCGACCUAGCCCGCACGAAUGCGCACGCGCCUUUGAUGUACUGGGGAGAACACACCAGAGACCAUUGGAAGGGAACUUUGCCAAAAAAUCUUGAAAAUUACUGGAUCGAACACGUGGAACCUGAUAACUUGCUCGAUUAUAGAGAUUUUGAUCCUAACAACAAAAUUGUACCUUACACUCUUCCAUUGCCAAAGGAUUUAGAGUCUUAAAGCGCUAAAUGGACACACAAGGAAUCUGAAGUCUCGUAUACAAUAAGUAUGUUGAAUUGACUGUUCAUGUUAAUUUUUAGUUUAUUUCAUGACAAGUUUGUAAUUCUUUAAUAAUUAGGAACUAAAGUCUAAAAUGUUAUUGACUGUUCAUGUUAAUUUUUAAUUUGUCUUAACAGGAUUUUAGUUCGUUAUUAUUUACGUAGUAAUGUCUAAAAUGUUUUUGUUUUUUAAGUGAAUGUACCUAAUUAGAUUCAAAAAGAUUUACGUCUCUUAGGAAAUAGACAUGACGAAUACUGUACCGAUAAGAGUCUUAGUUGAAAAAGGAAGAAAAUGUUUAAGUUCAUAAAAAUUUUAAUUUGAAUUAAAUAAUACGUACUUAAUAUAUAUCUUUUAUUAUUGUGGAAUAAAACAACACAAUAUUUAAUAGGCAAAAUAUUUUAAUCAAUAUAAAUAAUAUGGUACCUACAAGCAGAGCAGUCACAUAGAACUUUUAUAGAACAAUAUGUGCGUGAUUGUUUAAAUCGAAUAUUUUACAAAAUAACAAUUAAAAUUAUGUACCUUAGUUUAAUUAUAACUAAAUUCUGAAGGUACUUUCUUUGCUGAAAUAUAAUUUUCGUAGUUGCUACUAGUCUCGAUUAGCAACAUAUAUCGCUCUCUUUCAUUUAUAUGAAUUAGAAGCAUGAUUCGCUAUAUUUCGAGUCACAACAGAAAUUAAUGAGACACCAUAAUAUGCAGAGUAAAUGUUGCUAAGUGGACAUAUUACAGUCUGUCUAUGAAUAGUGGAAAAUGGUAUUUUUGCGAACAAAUUUUUUUCGCAAUUGUAACACCAAAUAACUUGGACAAGAUAAACACCCAGUGUUGUAAGCCAAGAGGACACAACGCCCUUAUUUAUUUUAUACUCUUUAUAGACAGACUGUAUUACUACAUAUUGCAUUUGAAAAAUUAUGACUUAAAUAUCAUCAGUUACAAAUUAUAAAAAAUACUAUCGGGUAAAAUGGAAAAGUUUCACUACAUACUAAGCAAUAAGUUGUUCGAAUAACUAUAUAAGAUUUUUUAUUAAUUUGCUGGACAUUUAGCAUAUCAAACUAAGUGAAAAACAAGAAUAAAAUAAAAUUAUACAACUUAAAAUAAUUGAAGAAAUUUAAAUUUGAAGCAGCACAUAAGUGUAAUAACCAAAAUAAAUAACAUGCAUGCUGCGUUUUAAAAUAAAUCACUGAUAUAAAAUGCCUGUUUCGCUGCUUGCUGAUAUCUAAAAAAAUUAUGUGAUGAUUCACAUAUCUAAUCACAAGUGUUGGAUUAGGCUAACUGGCAAAUAACAUCAGGCAGACUAAUAUGCCUGUUUAUCUGUCAGAUUACAAUUUAUUUCAUCACAAAGUGAUGAAUCUUUUUUGCAUAUUUUCUGGCAGAAAGCAGUCUGUGAAGUGACUGUUCUGCGACAGUAACCAAUCAAAAGGAAUUGACAACCUCAACAAAACAUCAAUAUCAACAUAAUUUCACAAACAAAUAAAUUACACAGGAAUGUAAAUCGAACAAUGAUCAUUGUAAAGUAAUUCGAGGCUAUCCAAAAAAAUAUUACGUCACUCGACUUUUUAACACAACAGCCCCCACCCCCCUCUCAUUGUCAUAGACACAGAUUUAUGAGAACUGCACUCUCCCUCCUGAGUGGAGUCUUACAAAUGUCUGCUGCUGUGACCAUAUUUUAAAAUUUCACUUAACAUUUUUCACACGAAAAUAGCAGUUUUGUAAUUAUUUAUUUUCUAUUUCAAUACUUUUGUCGUAAAAUUAAUAUCCAGUUUUUCAAUGUUUUUUAAUUGUGACGUUGCAAAACUAAAAUGGAAGACACCUUACAUUAUGAUGCAAAAUAAGUAAGCAUGAAUACCUAUAUAUGUACAUGUACAACUGACAUCUCAGUUUUUACGUUUAAUAACUGGUAUACUACAUACUACCCAUUGAUUUUAAUCAUUAAUAUCAUUAAUAAUGACUAAUUCAGAUCUAAUCACAUUAAAACCACUGUCACAUGAUUUAAUAAACUUCCCUGCAUUUUUUUGCGUUUCGCACAUAAGUACCUGAUAAUAGGUAUGACGGUACAGAUUGUAGGCGAUGCGAAAAAUUAUUAUCAAUAAGAAUUUGAGAACUAAACGUGUCACGUUUCCAAAAUGUUACCACUAAUAACUGAUUCCAUUUGUAUUAUCGAAGUACCAAAUUUUAUCGAAAUCUAUUGAGUAGUUUUUGGAUAAGUUAUAAUAUUAAUUGUAUCUAAUAAAAAAAACAUUUUUAGUUUCUUUCAGUUUAACUUUUGGUAUUGUCAAUUGUAUGUCAUAAUAGUAAUUCCAUAAUAGAUUAUAUUUAAUUUAGGGGUAUAAUUCGAGUUUUAAAUAUUGGAAAAGUAAUUUGUUCAUGAUAAUGUCCCCCAACUGCAAAACUUAUAAAUUUCCUAGUUUACACAGUAGAACAUUUUUAAUUCAAAAUUCCUAUAAUUCCCCAAUAAUUUUGCCAUUUCAUCUAUUUUUGUAUACUAUCUAUAUUUUCUACAUAGUGUAGUGUUUAUAACACACACAAAAGCAAUCCUAAUGAAAUUAUAAAAACUAUACAAGUAAAAAAUAUCUUUAAAGAUGGAUUUGUUAGCUGUAAUUAUCCCUACAAUUAUGAUACCCAAAAGUAAAUAAUAAGAUUUUUAAUACAAUGUAGGUAUAUUAUUUACUUCAGGAUAUUAUAUUCAUUAUUUUUUCAAUUAAAAUUGUAAUAUUAAGACUAGUUUAAUUCAUUUUCAAUUAAUUCAUAUGUGUUAUUUUCAAUGUACCUAACAACUUUAUAUAUUGUUUAAAGAAAUACAAUACAAUUUUCUGGUUGAUAUGUUUGAACUAUGAUAAAACAAAAUAUAAUUUACAAAAGAAAGCCCAGUUGAUAGACUGUCAUCGAAA